AUGAACCGCAUCGCUCGCCCCGCUUUGCUCCGCGCGUCGGCCCGUGCCCCCGCCUUCGCGCCCGUCGCCUCUUCCCUCAGAUUCUCCUCCAUUUCCUCAUCUGCUGCCCUCUCCACCACCUUCGCGAGGAGGAGCGAUGCCAUCACGACCUUCGAUUACCAGAGGAGGCACUACGGCGCUGCUGCCGGUCUGUCGGAGGCCGACGCCAGGGAGCGGGUCAUCAAGGUGGUGAAGAAUUUCCACAAGGUCGACCCCAAUGCCGUGAACGAGAAGUCGCACUUCAUCAACGACCUCGGUCUCGAUUCGCUCGACACUGUCGAGCUCGUGCUUGGUCUCGAGGACGAGUUCUGCAUCGAAAUCCCCGAGGAGCAGGCUGACAAGAUCCAGACCAUCGAGGAUGCCGUCAGCUACCUCGUCACCAACCCCGCUGCCAAAUAA